AUGAGCCUGCCUGCUGAAGACACACCACAUGUGGACCUCUACCCCAAAAGAAUGUGUGGCCCCAUCAGAGGGCUGCUUCUGGCAUUAGUGGUGGAAUUUGGGACGGUGGUGGCAUUUGUAUCCAUACCCCGGAUGACCUGGGAGCUUGGAGAAGUAGAACUGAUGCAGUUUCAUGAGCCAGGCAUAUCCAACUACUCAGAGCUGCUGCUGAACAAGUACAAGGACAUAUUGUAUGUGGGCGCCCAGGAGGCCAUCUUUGCACUGAAUGCACUCAACAUCUCCCAGAAGCAGCUGGAGGUAUACUGGAAGGCCUCAGAUGAGACAAAAGCAGAGUGCAUAGAAAAAGGCAGAUCAAAAGAGACAGAAUGCCUCAACUAUGUUCGGGUGCUUCAUCAGUUUACCUCAACCUUCCUUUACGUGUGUGGGACAAAUGCGUUCAAGCCCCUGUGUCAGUUCCUGAACUUAACAGCCUUUGACUUUUUGUGGAUAAAGAAAGAUGGCAGAGGAAAAUGUCCCUUUGACCCUACACACACUUAUACAUCUACCAUGGUAGAUGGAGAGCUUUAUGCUGGGACAACAUACAAUUUUUUGGGAAGCCAGUUCAUAAUCUCCAGAAACUAUUUCUACAGUCAUCUGCAAACAGAGUCUGACAUCCCAUGGCUACAUGAGCCUAACUUUGUCCAUGCUGAUGUGAUAAGAAAUAGCCCUUUCGACAACAAGGAUGAUGGUGACAAGGUGUACUUCUUCUUCACUGAAUUGUCUGUGGAGUAUGACUUUCUUCUCAACUUACAGGUCCCCCGCAUUGCAAGAGUGUGCGUGGAUGACCAAGGUGGCCAGAAAAUCUUGCAGAAUAAGUGGACAUCCUUCCUGAAGGCCAAGCUACUCUGCUCCCAGCCAGACAGAGGCCUGAUCUUCAACAUAUUGAAAGAUGCCUUUGUACUACGCCACCUAAGAGCCAAGGAACCUGUUAUCUAUGCACUCUUUAUGCCCCAACUGAACAAUGUGGGUCUGUCUGCAGUCUGCACCUAUGCCCUGUCCACGGUGGAGGCAGUAUUCUCUCGUGGAAAGUACCUGCAGAAAUUCCGUGUGGAUUCCUACCCCAAGUGGGUUAUUUACCAUGGUGAGGUGCCCACACCUCGGCCUGGAAUGUGCAUCAACAGUGAGACACGGGCAGCCAACUACAACAGCUCUUUGGAUUUACCAGACAAAACACUGCUGUUCGUCAGAGACCACCCUUUGAUAGAAGAGUCAGUAACUCCAAUAGGCAACAGACCCAUAUUAGUAACAAAAGAUGUGAACUACACCCAGAUCGUGGUGGACAGGACCCUGGCCCUGGACAAGAACUUCUAUGAUGUCAUGUUUAUCGGCACAGCACGGGGCACCCUGCACAAAGCUGUCCAACUGGAGAAGGGCAUGCACAUCAUUGAGGAAACACAACUUUUCAGGAACUCUGAGCCAGUCCAAAACCUCUUGCUGUCCUCAAAGAAGAACAUCAAGUUUGUCUAUGCCAGCUCCAACUCAGGAGUGGUCCAGGUCCCUCUGGCCUUCUGUCGGAAGCACAGCAGCUGUGGGGAGUGUGUGCUGGCGCGGGACCCCUACUGCGCCUGGAGCCCCUCUGAGCAUGCCUGUGUGGCUCUCUCUGAGGCUCUGAACUGCACCAGGAGGACCUGCAUUCAGGACAUGAGUGGUGAUGUGUCUUCAUGCCCACCUGAAAUUAUAGAAAAUUAUCAGAAGAAUACUUACAAACAGCAUUGUACAGCAUACUUAACAUGCGAUGCAAAGUCCAACAAGGCCCAAAUACUGUGGAAGUUCUACAAUGAGACAAUGAACCCUAAGAGACCCAAGUAUGUUUUUGAGAAAAGGAAAAACCUGAUCAUCUUCAACCUGACUGAGAGAGACAGCGGGGUGUACAGCUGCCUGUCAGUGGAGAAGAUUGGCAACACUACAGUCUCCCGCAUGCUGAAGAGCUAUUUCCUGGAAGUGAAGCAUGACCCAAACCCUGACUGCUACAAAAUAUAG